UCAGAGUGGUCGCUGCCUCCCCUCUUCCGGGCAGCCGGGAUUGGAUAGUGAGCCGGAAGUGCCGGAAUUCCUUGCUUCCGCUUCCUUUUCCCGAUUGGAGCCUCGUCGAGCGUGUGCUGGGAAGCAGGGGUGGAUGAAAGUGACUUCUGGCUCCGACCCUGAAGUUGCUGCUGCUUCCUGUACCCAGCACAAUGUUUCUGUCGUCUCUGCUGCUGCUGCUAAGCACUGCCACAGCUGCUGUUGAAGUCAAAAGGCCUCGAGGUGUCUCCCUUACCAAUCAUCAUUUUUAUGACAAAUCUAAGCCCUUCACCUGCCUGGAUGGGUCCUCCACUAUCCCCUUUGAUCAAGUAAAUGAUGACUACUGUGAUUGUCAGGAUGGCUCCGAUGAACCAGGCACAGCUGCCUGCCCGGAGGGACGCUUCCACUGUACCAAUGCUGGCUAUAAGCCCCACUAUAUCCCCUCAAGCCGUGUCAACGAUGGUAUCUGCGAUUGCUGUGAUGCCACAGAUGAGUACAACAGUGGUGUUGUCUGUGAGAACACGUGCAGGGAAAUGGGCCGGAAGGAGAAGGAGACUCUGGAGCAGAUGGCAGAGGUUGCCCGUGAGGGUUUCCGGCUCAAGAAGAUCCUGAUUGAGGAAGGGAAGAAGGGCCAGGAGGAAAAGCAGAACAAGCUCCUUGGUUUGCAAGAGUCGAAGAAGGCCCUGGAGGAGCAGGUGGCAAUGCUGAGAGCAGCAAAGGAGGAGGCCGAGAAGCCUGAGAAAGAAUUCAAGGAGCGGCACCAGAGGCUGUGGGAAGAGCAGCAGGCAGCAGCCAGGGCUGCACGGGACCAGGAGAAGGCUGCCAGUGCUUUCCAGGAGCUGGAUGACAACACCGAUGGAGUGAUUUCCGUGGCUGAGCUUCAGACUCACCCUGAACUGGACCCAGAUGGUGAUGGGGCUUUGUCAGAGGCAGAAGCCCAGGCUCUGCUAGGAGAGGCCUUGCAAGUGGAUGCAGCCAGUUUUCAAGAAGGCCUGUGGGCAGCCAUCAAGGAUAAGUACCGGCAGGAGUCCCUGCCCACUGUGCCACCUCUUCCUGAGGCCACAACAGAGGAGAUGCCAGAGGUCCCAGAAGAGCCAUCCCCAGCAGAUGAUGAAGAUGAAGGUCCUGGGUUGGAGGAAGAAACGGAUGAGGAUGACGAGGAUGAAGAAGAGGAGAGCCCGGAGGAGGACAAGGAGCCCUUGCCCCCACCGCCAGCCAAGGUGGAUGAGGAGGUUGAGAUGGACAAGAUGCCUCCAUAUGAUGAGAGAACCCAGGCCUAUAUUGACGCGGCCCAGGAAGCUCGGGACCAUUUUGAAGAAGCUGAAAAGUCAUUGACGGAGAUGGAGGAGUCCAUCAGGAGCCUAGAACAAGAGAUGGCUCUGGACUUGGGCCCCAGUGGGGAGUUUUCCUACCUGUUUGGACAGUGCUACGAACUGUCCACCAAUGAGUAUAUUUACAGAUUAUGUCCCUUCAACCGAGUCACCCAGAAACCUAACCACGGUGGUUCUGAGACCAACUUGGGCACCUGGGGGUCCUGGGAUGCAUCAGAGGGGGACAAAUUCCGCAUCAUGCAUUAUGAGCAUGGGACAGGUUGCUGGCAAGGCCCCAACCGUUCUACCAAGGUAAAGCUGGUGUGUGGGAAGGAAACAGUAGUCACAAGUGCCACUGAGCCAAGUCGAUGCGAGUACCUGAUGGAGUUGGUGACCCCAGCUGCUUGCCAGGAGCUGCCCCCAGAGUCUCCAGAGGAUCUUGACCAUGAUGAGCUCUAAGCCCCCCAGAAUUCCAAGGGAGAAGCUAAUACCUUGAGAACCUGCACACACAUCUCCUUCCUAACCCUGCCCACCAGACUUUUUGGGGCCCAAUGCAGGGGGUUCUGCCCCCUGACCCUUCACCUCCUUGGAGGGUUCGCUGUCUUGAUGAAGAGUCUCUGUGUUGUGCCUCCCACCCAACACCAUGAGGCUGCACCUUUGAUUGGGAAGCCUCCCCGUUCCCUAUGGUCCAGCUGCUUCAGUGACUGGGACACUUUUGCUUGCCAGAUCAUCUUCCCAUAUUGGCAGCUCUACCCACUGAUGGGUGACUUGAUAUCCCCUCACCCUCACCAACGCUCUGGGCCCAGGUGGUACAGUGGUGGCCAGCGGGUGAGACCUUCAAGGGUGGGAGAUCCUGACCUUACUGUGACCUGGACACAAUAAACUCAGAUCCUUCCCUAUGGCUGGAAA